AUGAAAGCUAACAUUUCCAUUGCAGAAUUCUUCAUUUUCUUCUCUUCUAUCAUUCUCAGUUACUCUGGCAUUAAUUUCUCCCAGGGCGCUGAACCUGGAAGUGAAACAGAUAAACUGGCUUUGCUCGCUUUCAAAAGUAAGGUUGCUUACGAUCCUUCCGGAGCUUUAAGCAACUGGAAUGAUUCCAUCGGAUUUUGCCAGUGGUAUGGUGUCACUUGCGGCCUUCGCCACCGUAGAGUCACGGUUCUGAACCUCCCUAGCCAAAAUUUGACAGGUACCAUUUCUCCUUACAUAGGAAACUUGACAUUUCUCAGAAUUAUCAAUCUUCAAAACAAUCAUUUCCACGGCAACAUCCCACAAGAAAUGGGCCGUCUGUUUCGGUUGCGAGAAAUUGUUUUCAAUCGUAAUAUGUUUCAGGGAGAGAUUCCUGUUAAUCUCUCUCGUUGCUCAGAACUAAGCUUUCUUGACUUAGUCAUGAACAAGCUUGAAGGGAAAAUUCCAGCUGAAUUAGGCACUUUGUCGAAAUUAACUGGACUUGGGCUUGCUGCCAACAAUUUAACAGGCUCCAUUCCUCGCUCACUUUCAAACCUCUUGUUUCUGAAGCAGUUUUCUCUAUCAGAAAACAGCCUCAGCGGCAGUAUCCCUGUUGAGCUUGGCCGGUUGAAUAGGCUCAAAAUGUUUCAAAUUUCUGCAAAUAACUUUAUAACAGGUUCAAUUCCCUCCCAGCUCUUCAAUAUCACUUCCAUGGAGUACUUCGGUGUGUCAAGCAACCAACUUGUUGGAGAAAUCCCACCUUACAUUGGACUCACUCUUCCGAAUAUCCGAGUACUUACUUGGCGGGAAAUAGGUUUACAGGGUCAAUACCUUAUUCAAUAUCUAAUGCAAGUAAACUCGAACAUCUAG